AACCUGUGGAGGACGAAGUCACUGCGGUUCAUAAAUAGCGCGUAUGAAAUCAUGCUCAUACGUAAAUAACAAUAUUUUACAUAUUAGUGUGGAUUAAACGUGUCGCUGUAUUCGGCACUUUCGCAUACAGAUAUUCGUAAGGAGUGAAUCAAGAUUUGAAGAACGGAUUCAUCAACACUAAAGCUCUUCCCGUCCAGAACACCGACAGGAUUUGAUUUUUCUUAGUUCUGGGUCCUCAUCUUCCAGACAGAACCAGAUCGGGCAGCAGAAGUGGAUCUCCAGCGGGUCCAGAGCAGGAUUUUAAUGAUGAUCAGCUGAUCUGGAGACGCUCUUGUAGACGCUUUGCUGGUUUCCAUUGGUAACGGGCACGCGCACAGAUUUCACCAUAAACACUCAGUUUCUCCUGCUGGGGAUCAGACAUGACUUCAAAACAAAAGAAGGGUCUCAGAAGUUCUAUAGAUGACGUGUUAGGAGAUCUGCUGGGUGAUGAUGAUGAUGAAGGUCCGGUGAAGGUGCGAUCACCUGCAGCCGUGUCCAGCAGACCCACAGCUGCCCUUACGUCCCGCAGCGGGAAGAGGUCACUUCUGGACGAUGAUUUCUUCAGUAAACUGGCAGAAGAGGCUGAGAAAGAUGAUGAGGUGAGACACGCUCAUAAUGAAAGGCUGAAAAUACAAGAAAUGGUGCAGAAAUUAAACAAUUUUAAGUACUAAUCAUAUUCAAAUAAGUUCAAUUAAAAUUUAUU